GCUGCGAUAUGUCAUUUGGUUGUGAGAGACUUCUGAACUGCGGUUGUGCUGGAAGAAAAGUGACUACACAAUGGAAUCAUCAGACACUCUGAUUAAGGCCAACACCACCUUCUGCCUGGAUCUGUUCAAACAGCUGAGUGAUCUUGAUAAGACAGCAAAUGUCUUCUUCUCCCCUGUUAGCAUCUCCUCAGCUUUGGCUAUGGUGUUGUUGGGAGCGAAAGGCAACACAGCCUCACAGAUGUCAGAGGUCCUCAGAUUCACAGAGGAAGAGAAACUUCUGCCUGGAGGAGGGCAGUUCAUGCAGCAGAUGCAGCAGGCCUGCAGCCAAGUGCCACUGCAUGUGCUGAAGAGUAUGAAAAACCAGGGCCAACAGGACGACGUCCACGCAAUGUUCAGCCAACUACUGAAAGAGCUCAACAAGCCAGAUGCUCAGUACGUCCUCAGUGUUGCCAACAGGCUGUACGGAGAGCAGACCUACGCGUUUGAGAAGGAUUUCUUAGAGGAAACGAAAAAGCACUACAGGUCAGAGAUGGAGACGGUGGACUUCAAAACCAGCUUUGAGAUUGCAAGGGUCAACAUCAACACCUGGGUGGAGGAGCAGACACAAGAUAAAAUUAAGGAUGUGCUGCCCGAGGGCGCGUUGAGCAGCCUGACCAGGCUGGUGCUGGUCAAUGCCAUCUACUUCAAAGGUGACUGGAACAAACAGUUUGAGGAGGAUGCCACAAGAGAUGCUCAGUUUAGACUCAACAAGAAUGACACAAAACCAGUGAAGAUGAUGUAUCAGAAAACUAAAUUCCCAAUGAACGUGGUCACUGAAUUCAACCUCAAGGUCCUGGAGUUGCCGUACAAAGGGAAGGAGCUCAGCAUGUUCAUCUUUCUACCCAUGGAUAUAGAGGACAGUUCAACUGGUCUGGAGAAGCUUGAGAAGGAUCUGACCUAUGACACCUUCAUGAAGUGGACUCACCCUGAAGUGAUGGAUGAAGAUGAGGUCCAGGUGGGUCUGCCUCGCUUCAAGCUGCUGGAGAACUAUGACAUGAAGAGAGUCCUGGUCAGUAUGGGCAUGGUUGAUGCCUUUGAUGUGACACUGAGUGACUUUGCAGGCAUGUCUACUGCCAGUGACCUGGUGCUGUCAAAAGUCAUCCACAAGGCUUUUGUGGAGGUCAAUGAGGAGGGAACUGAGGCUGCUGCCGCCACUGCAGUGACUAUUUCGGUGACUUCUUUUCGGCCUAGCGCCAACUUCAUCGCAGACCAUCCCUUCCUCUUCUUCAUCCGCCAUAACGAGUCCAUGAGUGUUCUGUUUGCUGGUCGCUUCUGCUCCCCUGAGUGAGCAUGCCAUUGUUGCGAGCAUGUUGUCGCCGCUGAUCCGGGCGUGGUGAGGGUCUUAAAUUUAAAUUGCUGGAGAAAUCUUAAAAAUCACCACUUCAGAGUUUAAUCAAAUCCUAUACUUUGAGCACCUGGAUGAUCAAUCCUUCUAAUAUGCUGUUGCUUGUUUGCACCACUUCUUAUAUUAGUGAUUCUGUGCUUACGCUAUACUUUAUGGUCACUUUGAGGUGCGUUUCUUUAUGUUAAUGAGUUUUUUUAAUACAUGAUUGGCCCCAUUAGCUGAAGCCUCAUGUCCAGCAUUUUUACGUCACGUAAACCAAAGAGAAUAUUGUAACAGAAUCAUAUUAACAGACAAAUGAGUCCUGAUAAUUUAAAGUGUAGGUAUGCGUAUGUCCCUGAUGGGACACCAUUGGAAGACAAAUCAAUAAAUACAUUUUGAAUUUUCAAUUUCAUAAUUUCAAUUGGGCCUCAACAUGCUCAGGUUUUGUAACAAGAGUUUAAAUAAGACCAGGUCAUUUCGUGUAUCCUUAUGCUUUACACAAAGAAUAAAGGUGAAUGGUUCCCA